CUUACAGUCGUUCCAUAUUUAAAUACUUAAAUAAUUAAAAAAAAAAUAAGACAAAUGGAUUAAAUUAAUAGAACAUUAUUAUUUUUUUUAAAUCAAGAUGAAUCUUAUAACGAGCGUUUUUAUUUUGUUAUUCGGAAUAUAUAUUUGUGAGGCUGGAUAUGGUGCAGCUCAAUCAGACGUCGAGGCGCCUGCCUACGUCCCAUCGUAUGCAAGAAACCAGUUGUACAGUAGAGGCUACGGAGGUGGCUCGCCAGGGCGGACUGUCUAUACACCUACGAAGACUGGAUAUUCGGGCACAAAAACCAGCUAUUCGGGUACCAAAACCGGUUAUUCGGGUACGAAAACCGGUUAUUCGGGUACUAAAACCGGAUAUUCGAGUGCAAAUACUGGGUAUUCUGGCUUCAGUGGCACGAAUGCUUACACUGGCACCAAAACAGGUUAUGGAUAUGGUCCACUGAUGCCGCCAGGUCCUGUAAGCAACCAAGCAUACAAACAGUUCUACGGUAAUGCAAACGCAGGAUAUAAGGCAUUAUGCGAAAUCGAGUGCAAGAACAACGGCAUAUGCGUGGACACCAACACGUGUCGGUGUCCGCCCAACUUCGACGGCAAGUACUGCGAGUUCGAGAAGAAACCGUGUCUCACCUACCCGCCGCUGCCCAACAACUCUAACAGGCGGUGCACAACAGAUUACUGCUCAAUCACGUGUAUGGAGGGCCACAAGUUCAUCGACGGCACGACAGUGGCGGACAUGAGGUGCGUCAACGGGCAGUGGCAGCCGACGCGCGCGGACCUCACGUCCAUCCCCGACUGCAAGCCGGAGUGCGACCCGCCGUGCCUCAACGGCGGAGUGUGCCUCUCUGUCAACACCUGCCAGUGCCCCGCAGAUUACAGAGGACCUCAAUGCCAGUACUCCGCAAACGUGUGCGAUUUCCGCAAGCUGGGCUUCAACGGCGGGUACCGCUGCUACGGGGACUCCGACAAGUUCGCGUGCGUGCUGAGUUGUCCCAGUGGCGCCUGGUUUAGUUCGCCAGCAGCCAGAGAGUACGCGUGUACGUACGCCACAGGCGUGUUCCUGCCGCAGCCCAUACCGCAGUGCGUGUAUGAAAGGGUUAUAGUCGUCACGCCUUCGAAACCACACAGCCAAUCACAUGUAUCACAUUCGGCAAACAGAACAAGUAUCGAUUACGAGCACACGACCCAAGGAGCCGGCAAGUACGGGCCAGGAAACGUCAAGAAACCGAUCAUAGUCGUACAAGACUUGACCCCUAAGCCUGGCAGUUGCUUGACGUGGGCCGGCCUGCAUUACAAAACCUUUGAUGGAAAAAUUUACAGUUUCCAAAGUUCGUGCAAUCAGAUCCUUGUACGAGAUGCGACGGAUCAUAAGUACACGGUAGCAGUAAAGCACCCGCAGUGCGCAAGACAAGGAUACUGUCCUUACGAAAUAACCGUAUUCUUAGACGAGAAGAUGUACUCGCUUAGCAUUUCUGAUGAAGGCAUGCUGGUGUUCCGGAACAGCAAGCGCGCUAUCCCCAUCCCCGCGACGCUGCCUGGUAUUCGCGUAUCCAUGCCCGGCGAUCGCGUGCUAGUGGACCUUGACUUCGGCAUCUCGCUCAAAUGGGACACCAAUGAUGUAUUACUAGUGGAAGGUUCGGUCUUGGCGUGGAACAAGACUGAAGGCAUUUGCGGCACUCUGAAUGGAAACCCCGAAGAUGAAUUGAUUACCAAGGAAGGCGUCGUUGCUAAGACCAAAUCUGUAUUGUUCGAUUCGUGGAAAUUGCAUGAUUUUAAAGAUAUGUGCGACAGCAACAUGACAGAGACCAGCGCGUGCAACUCUAAAACCGACGAGGAUAUGAAAAGAGCCGCCCAGUUCUGUACCAAAAUCUUCACUAAGGACAAGUUUAGAAAGUGUUCUAAGGUAAUGGAUGUAUCUCAACUCUUGGAAGCGUGUCAAUGGGACUACUGUGCGUGCACUACGAGCUUGAGCUCUGAAGAAUGUGCUUGCAGAACAGUAUCGGUGUACGCCAAGGAAUGUUUGCGUCACGGAAUCCAGGAGAUGAAGUCAUGGCGAGACUCUGAGACUUGUCCUAUGAAGUGUCCUGAGGGCAAAAUCUACAAGUCUUGCGGACCGGACACGCAGCCGAGUUGUUCCUUCCCCGAACCCAUUGCGAACGGGAACUCCAGCUGUGUGGAGGGAUGCUUCUGUCCAGAGGGGCUCUUGCUGGAGAGCGGCCGCUGCGUGCAGAGGAGCGAGUGUCCUUGCCGAAUCAGGAACCGGAGCUACCCACCCGGGGCCGUCAUACCCAAGAGCUGCAACACCUGUAAAUGCGAAUCGGGCGAGUGGGUGUGCACGCAAGUCCCGUGCGGCGCGCGCUGCGGCGCGGUGGGCGACCCUCACUACACCACGUUCGACGGGAUGCGCUACAACUUCAUGGGCCACUGCACCUACACGCUGCUCAAGACCGAGAAUAUCACCAUAGAUGCUGAGAAUGUCGCUUGCUCUGGUGCCAUCACUGAGGCAAUGAACCUCGACCCCUACCACGGGGAAGGCAAGCCGUCUUGCACAAAAGCGGUAUACUUGUCACACUUUGGUGCUAACGUGCACCUCAAGCAAGGCGGGUUCAUACUCGUCAACGGAAAGGAGGUGACAGCGCUACCCGCGAAGGUCGGCGAUAUAAAGAUACGUGCUGCAUCGUCGCUGUUCAUCAUGAUCCAACUGCCCGGCAAAGUAUCACUGUGGUGGGAUGGUAACACUCGAGUCUUCGUCGACGUUCCACCGACGUUCCAUGAUAAGACACAGGGUCUGUGCGGUACCUUCAACUUGAACCAAAAAGACGACUUUCUAACACCAGAAGGCGACGUUGAGCAAUCGGUGCUAGCUUUCGCCAACAAAUGGAAGACGAGGGAGUUCUGUAAGGACACGUCUGCCGUCGAGCAGGAGCACCCCUGCAAGGCCAACGUGGAAAACAAGGAGUACGCUGAGAAAUACUGCAGUCAACUAAAGAGUUCGCUGUUUGAAUCGUGCCACUGGUACGUGGACGUGCAGCAGUACUACGAGGACUGUCUGUACGACAUGUGCGCGUGCGCGGGCGACGUGUCGCGCUGUCUGUGCCCCAUCCUCGGCGACUACGCGGACGCGUGCGCGCGCGCCGGCGUCAUGAUCCAGUGGCGGUACAACGUCAAGGAGUGCGAGCUGCACUGCACCGGCGGGCAGGAGUACACGGUGUGCGCCGACAGCUGCCUGCGCACGUGCGCCGACGUCGGCACGCCGCUCGACGACUGCAAGCCCUCCUGCGUCGAGGGAUGCGCGUGCCCCGUUGGACAAGUGCUGGAUAAUGAUAAUGUGUGUGUGCCGGUCGCCAAGUGCCCGUGCUACCACAAGGGCAUGGAGUUCCAGCCCGGGUACAAGGAAGUGAGAGCUGGCAAGCGGGAACGAGAGCUAUGUACGUGCGUGGGCGCGCGCUGGGAGUGCGAGCCGGCCACCCAGGACCAGAUCCAGAACUACCCGGCGGCAGAGGACGUGCGCAGCAACUGUAGUGCGGCGCGCAACAUGGAGUUCACCGCAUGCGAGAUAGCUGAGCCGCUCACAUGCAAGAACAUGCACCUACCCUCCAACAUCAAGACAGCGGAGUGUCGGUCAGGCUGCCAGUGCAAGAAGGGUUACGUGCUCGACGUGUCGUCCGCGAAGUGUGUCGUGCCCACCGCGUGCCCGUGCCACCACGGCGGCACGAGCUACCCGGACGGGCACACCAUGCAGGAGGGCUGCAACACCUGUGAGUGUGAGGGAGGCAAAUGGCAAUGCACGGGGCAAGUGUGCGCGGGCGUGUGCGGCGUGUGGGGCGACUCGCACGUGACCACGUUCGACGGACAGAUGUACGACUUCGAGGGCGUUUGCUCUUACCUCUUGGUCAAAGGGAUCAUGGAUGGAAGUGACGGCUUCAGCGUGGAGAUACAGAAUGAGCCAUGCGGCACCACGGGUGCAACCUGCUCAAAGUCAGUCACACUGCGGGUCGGCGGCGGCGGCUCCGAGGAGACCGUGGCUCUCACCAAGAACGCGCCCUUGCCUGAUACCUCCAACUUGAAGAAUAUAAAGCUCCGCGAGGCGGGUGCUUACGUGUUCCUGGACGUGUUGUCGCGCGGCAUGAGCGUGCAGUGGGACCGCGGCCUGCGCGUCUACGUCAGAGUCGACGCCAUGUGGCAGAACAGGGUAAAGGGUCUCUGCGGCAACUACAACUCCGACAUGCGCGACGACUUCCAAACACCGUCAGGAGGAGGCGUGUCCGAAACGUCGGCUCUGAUCUUCGCCGACUCCUGGAAACUGAAGUCUACCUGCCCUAAACCUCAGGAAGUUACUAACCACUGCGUGGAGCGUCCCAACCGCAAGGAGUGGGCGUCGUUGACGUGCGGCGCAAUGAAACGCUACCCGUUCUCGCUGUGCCACUCGGAGGUGCCGCCCGGCGAGUUCGUGGCGCGCUGCGAGGCGGACGCGUGCGCCUGCGACUCGGGCGCCGACUGCGAGUGCGCGUGCGCCGCGCUCGCCGCCUACGCGCACGCGUGCGUCGCGCGCGGCGUCACCUUCAAGUGGAGGACGCAGGAGACGUGCCCGAUGCAAUGCGACGAGGAAUGUUCGAACUACAACGAGUGCAUAUCGCCGUGUCCGCCCGAGACGUGUGACAACCGGCUCGAAUACACACAGAUCAAGGCCGCGUGCGAAAAGGAAACUUGUGUUGAAGGCUGCAAGAGAAACAAGACAAAAGAUUGUCCGAGUGGAACGGUGUUCUCCAACAGUUCGCUGACGGAGUGCGUCCCGCGCGCCAAUUGCAUUCCUCCCUGCAUGAUCCUCGCGGACGGGAGGGAGAUACCGGAGGGAGGAAUCAUCGAAGAGGACGCGUGCCACAGCUGCCGAUGCUCGCACAACGAGAGGAUAUGCACUGGCCAGCCCUGUGCUACUCACGCCGACACGACCUCAGUCCCGGAGACGACGCCGCACGAUCGGCCGCUGUCUUGCGCGGCAGGCUGGACGGAGUGGCUGAGCCGCGGCGAGCCCUACAUCGACGCCACCGGCGCCUCUGUCGACAAGGAGCCUCUGCCGCAGAUAACUGAACUGACAGUUGGCUCGCCAAUGUGCGAGAAGGAAAACGUGACGGACAUCGAGUGCCGCACGGUGGAAGGACACAAGACCCCCAAGGAGACGGGGCUCAACGUCGAGUGCAGUCUGGAGAAGGGGCUCGUGUGCAGGGAAGCCGAGAAAACUUGCCUGGACUUCGAGAUACGUGUGCUCUGUCGUUGCGAGGGAGAAACAACUCCUGCAACGUUGCCGACGACCACGACGACAACAACGACGACAACGACCCCAACAACAACGUCGCCGGAAGUACCCUUCCAAUGCCUGGACUCAACCCACCCGAACUACCCCCACCCGACCAACUGCGGUCAGUUCUACGAGUGCACGCCCGACUUGCUCAACCCGACCAAGCUCCACACGGUGCUCAAGAACUGCAGCGACGGCCUCAUGUACAACCCUGUCGCGAUGGUCUGCGACUGGUCGACCUCCGUCAUUGCCGUCAGACCGGAGUGCGGGGAGGUCACCACCUCAACCACCACUACUGAAACAACGUUGGUGCCAAUCCCGCCUGGGGAAGAGGAACGUGAGGAAAUUCCUUCUACCGGUACAUCCACCACUCCGGGAACCCCAUCACCAUGUCUCCCCGGGCACGUGUACAAGAGCUGCGCGUUCCCGUGUGACAAGCUCUGCGACCACUUCCAGCAGGAGUUGCAGAUUGUCGGCCAAUGCUUACCUGGACAGGAAUGCGUGGGCGGUUGCGUGCACGAAUCCGUGGCCAACAUCAAAUGCGACUUCGGCUCGUUGUGGCGCGACAACAAGACUUGCGUGCCAAUCAAGGACUGCACUUGCGAAUAUGACGGAAAACUUCUAAAGCCCGGUGCCGUGGUUACCUCAGACUGCAAGAUAUGCCAAUGUCUAGACAACGCUUUACACUGCGACACCAGUGCGUGCAUCACCACUGACAAACCCAUCACCGGCUCACCGAAAUCACAAAUCAAAAUCACGGAAAUCACUACCCUACCUACGGUCGUUGAAAAAGUUACCACAACUUACAUUCCUGCACUAAAUGCAACGCCACCUACAACUCAAUCUUCUACAACACCUUUCACAACUCAUGGGCCAUUCACUACAACUCCUACGACGCCUACGACGCCUACAACGCCUACGACGCCGACGACAUUGCGCCCGGAGCCUAGAUCGGAGUCCGAAUCAACUAUAAUUAUUUUACCUACCACAGUGUCACCACCACCGGAAUGCAACCCUUCCAUGUACAAGAAUUUAUUAUGGGAGGGGGAACAUCUGCCCAAGGAAUCCUUUUCUGCGAGCUCGGUCGCGAGCCCGCUGUUCGAGCCGCAGUACGCCGAGCUGAAUGGACGCGCUUCUAGUAAUGCUGGCUCCUGGAACCCUGCAGAGGGUGAUAAAAACCCGUACAUCCAAGUGGAACUGCCCCGUAAAGAACCGCUGUACGGUGUGCAAAUGCAAGGCAGCCCGAUUUUUGACGCGUAUGUCGAGAGCUACGAGCUGAUGUAUGGUGACGAUGGCAACGUCUUCUCCACUGUCAACACUCCCGAUGGAAAUCCUAAGAUAUUCCGAGGUCCAAUAGACAAAGCUACACCGAUGAAGCAAAUGAUCGAGCCGCCGGUGGAGGCGAAGUUCGUGCGCAUCAAGCCCCUCACCUGGCACAACGAGAUCAGCGUCCGCUUCGAGCUGAUCGGCUGCGAGGAAGUCUCCACCACCACCUCCACAACUACCACCAGUACCACCACUAGUACCACCACCACUACUGUAGCACCACCUGUUACGCCGGAACGAAUGAUAUGUACGGAACCCUUGGGCUUCGGCGGCGAUCUCCCGAUCGAAAUGAUCGAAGUGAGCUCCAACUUCGACGCUCGGCCGUCGUUGAAGCUUGAGUCAGAAAGCGGUUGGAGGCCUCUCUACAGCACGCCAGGGGAAUGGGUCAUGUUCAACUUCACAUCUCCGCGCAACAUAACCGGCAUCAAGACGAAGGGAGGGCAGAAGGGUCGAGUCACCGCGUAUAAAGUGAUGUAUACUUGCGACCUCAAGACUUUCAACCCGGUGGUCGACAGUUCCGGAAACCCUACAUUGUUCCCCGCUAACUUUGACACAGACAGCGUGGUCCUCAACGAGUUUAGGCCGCCGAUACACGCGCAGUACCUCAAGAUACUGCCCGUCAAGUGGAAGGACAAUAUCGAGAUGAGAGUGGAGCCUAUUGGGUGUUUCGAGCCUUAUCCAACAACGCCUCCGCCACCGACGUCCGACAAGCCCAAGCCCUUCCCGUGCCAGAUGUGUCCCGGUGUGCAGGAGGCACUGUGCGACUGCGAAGGCGACCGCUACUUCGACGGCGACGACUGCUCGCCGCGCGACCAGUGCCCCUGCCUCGUCGGGUUCAUUGCAUACCCGGUGGGCGCGACGUACCGCGGGGAGAACUGCGACGAGUGCGUGUGCAAGAUUGGAGGAGUGACGGACUGCAAGCCGGCUAAGCAAUGCGACUGUGAACCGGAUCUCGUCCCAACACUGACGCCGUCCUGCAAUUGUCUUUGCGAGCCGUGCAAGAACGGCACCAAGAUCUGCCCCACCAGCAAACUGUGCUUGGACUUGGAGAAAUGGUGCGACGGCUUGCAAGACUGUCCUGAUGAUGAGAAGGAGUGCACAACUAUUCCGCCUGUCACUGAGUCAUUUAUCACAGAGGUGAUCCCGCCAGUCGACGUCACUAAGCCCACGACGCCCACGCCGACGCCCAUGACGGAGCCCACGACGGUGCCCACAACGGUAGCGCCCACGACUGAGAAACCUCCAGAAUGUCCCCCAGUGGAAUGUCCCCCCGGCUACUACGUCCGGUACACCACAACCCCUACCCACUCCUACUCAAAGACCGGCACCGACCUGCCUCCCCCGCGACCGCGCAACUCCUACCAGAGGUUCUACAAAGGAGGGUUCUCUAAAGGCGGCAUAGGAGGGUUCUCUAAGGGCGGCUUCUCUAAGACUGGCUACUCUAAAGGAGGGACGUAUGGUCCACCUUCCCGUCCGCGGCCGAACGAUGCGUUCCAGCUAGACAGGCCUACGUUGAACACGACCACAGCGGAAACGAAGAAAGUGUGUCCCCAAUUCAAGUGCAUUCCCAGACUGCCCCCCAUCCCUCCCAAGGGGUCUACCCCUCCGCCCACGUAUUGUUCCACGCCCACUUGCCCGCCGCAGUACACGCUGAAGCUGGAAAUUGUGGCUGACAGUUUCAACGCGUGCCCACAAUACGUGUGCGUCCCGCCGCCCGAACGGUUCGACUACUGCGACAUGACCGGCCGCACCUUCUCCACCUUCGACGGCUCGGAGUACAAGUACGACGUGUGCUACCACACGCUGGCCAGGGAGAAACGGUUCACCUCCUGGAUCGUGUUCAUUCGUAAGAAGUGUCUCAAGGACACCUGCCAGAAUCAACUGAUAAUCUUACAAGACGACCAAGUAAUCCUCGUGAAGCCCAACCUCAUGAUUGACUACAACGGUUACGAGUACACGGUGGAGCAGACCAGCAAGAUCUGCUUCCAGAAGAACAGCUUCGAUGUCAACCGCCUCGGCAACGGAGUGUUCAUCAAAUCGAGGAGAUACAACUUCACGGUGUUCUACAAUCCUGAUGGCGAUGUUAAAAUUGGUGUUUCCAAAAAAUAUAUUGGCUACGUCGAUGGGCUAUGUGGAGCGUACGACGGAAAUCCUUCCAACGAUCGCUCGGCGCCCAACGGUAAACUCGCUCACAGCAUCGAACAGUUCGGCCGUUCUUGGGCCAAGCCUGGUCUGGCGCCCGAUGCGUGCGAGAUCAAAGUCAUCCCUCCGGAGAAGCAGAAACGAUGCUGGGAAGUGUGCAAAGCUAUCACUGACGAGCCGAUCGCACAAUGUGCUCGAGUCCUAAAGCUUGACAAAUGGAAAAGCAUAUGCCUGGAGAGUGUAUGCAAAUGCGCUGAGACGGUCGUCAACGGCACUAAGAAGUCCGAGGAAGAAUGCCGCUGUCUGCUGAUGGAGAAACUUGUGGCAGAAUGUUUGGCAGCCGACAAAAACAUUGAUAUAGCCAACUGGAGGAUACAGAUGAAUUGUCCGGCUGAAUGUCCUCCACCUCUGGUCCACUACGACUGCUACCGCAAACCGUGCGAGCCCACGUGCGCUCCCAUCAACAGCGGAGUUAGUUCGUGCGCUGUUGAGGAAGGCCACUGCUUCCCCGGAUGCUACUGCCCAGAAGGCACGCUGCGGAAAGGUGACCAGUGUAUCACCCCACCUGAGUGUUUGGAUUGUGCAUGUACCGGUGUGGGCGCGCCCGCUAAGUACGUGACAUUCGAAGGGGACGACCUGCCCUUCCUCGGCAACUGCACCUACCUCGCCUCGCGCGACGCCAACUCCACCGGCUACCACAAAUACCAGGUUUACUCGACAAACGGCCCUUGCGCUGACAACCCCAGCAUGGUGUGCACGAAGGCUUUGCACCUCAUUCAGGAGAAGAACUUGAUCUACAUCGUCAAAGAUGCUGACACUAAAAAACUUAUUACAACAGUAAAUGGUGAAGCGGUGUUCAAAUAUCCCUUCACCAAAGACUGGGUCACUGUAAACCUGCUGAAUGGCCAAGACAUCGACGUCAACCUCCCGGAACUGCAUGUCGAGUUGACAGUGUUGCAAGCCAAGAUGGAGUUCACGGUACGCGUGCCGUCGCAGCUGUACGCCAACCGCACGCAGGGCCUGUGCGGCGUGUGCGCCGGCUACCAGCAGCAGCUCGUCACCAGCAACGGAACCGUCGCUGAGAACUUCGACCAGUACGGCAAGAGCUGGCAGGCCACGCCCGAGGUGCUGACCGCGCUGGGCGUGCCGCGCCAGGAGCAGUGCGACGAGCCGCAGCAGCGCCACGAGUGCAUACCGCCGCCGCCGGAGCGCAACCCGUGCUACAACAUCAACAACGUGGCCAAGUUCGGAGCGUGCCAUGCCCUGGUGGAUCCCGAGGCAUACAUAGCACUGUGCGAAGACGAACUGUGUGAGUCGAACUCUACGGACGCAUGCCCCAUACUGGAGCGGUACGCAGCCGAGUGCCGCAAGCAAGGCGUCUGCCUGGACUGGCGACCUGACCUCUGCCCCUACCAAUGUGAAGAGCCGCUGGUGUACCGGCCGUGCGUGGACUGCGAGCGUACCUGCGACAACCACGACCAGCUCGAGCUGAUGCCCGACACGUGCGACAAACAAGCCGUCGAGGGAUGCUUCUGUCCUUAUGGCAAAGCGCGAGUGAACAACACUUGCAUAGAACCAAACAAGUGCUUCCCGUGCGACGCCAAGAAGGAACAUUAUGCAGGCGACGAGUGGCAGGAGGACGCGUGCACCAAGUGCACGUGCAGCAAGCUGUCGGCGGAGAGCGCGGCGCACGUGGCGUGCACCACGCAGUCGUGCGCCGCGCCCGUGUGCUCCGAGCUGGAGGACCGGCUCACCAAGCCCGGCAAGCCUGGCGCCUGCUGCCCUGACUACAUGUGCGUGUUGAAACCACCGGAUGAGAGAUGCGAAGAGCCCAAAAAAUUGGAGUGCGGGUUCGGACAGGUGUUGAAGACCAAGACCAGGCCCGAUGGAUGCAAAGAGUUCGCUUGCGAGUGCAAGCCCGCGGAGGAGUGCGACCCGAUCCCGGACGAGAGCGAGGUGGAGAUGAUCAAGCCGGGCGUGGAGCGCGUGGUGGACACCAGCGGAUGCUGCCCGGCGGUGAAGAUGGUGUGCGUGACGUGCCCUAAGCCGCCCGCCUGCCCGAAGUACCACACGCUGCAGACCACCAACAUCACCGGGGAGUGCUGCCCGGACCACAAAUGCGAACUUCCCAAGGAUAAAUGCGUGGUGAAUCUGGAAUGGCAAGCUGCAUCCAAAGGAGGCGAACAACUGCGCCCCGAGCCAGAAGUUAUGCUUAAAGAUAUGGACGCGGUGUGGUUGGACGGGCCGUGCCGCUCGUGCCGCUGCGUCAGCUCCGUCGGCGGCCCGUCGGCGCAGUGCACCGUCACCGACUGCCCGCCGAUACUCUCCACCGAGCAGUUCGUGCUGGAGCCGCGCCUCGUGCCCUUCGCGUGCUGUCCCGCUCCCGAGUAUGUGGCCUGUCGAGACGGCGAUAACAUAUACAAGGUGGGCGAGAACUGGACGUCUCCGUACAACGUGUGCGAGUCCUACAAAUGUGCGGAGCUGGAAGAUGGCAAGCUGGAGAAGGUCACCACCGUGCAACGAUGCGACACCGACUGCCAACCUGGUUGGGAAUACUUCCCUGCUUCCCCGGAGAGCAAGCAGUGCUGCGGCAAAUGCAAGCCUGUGGCGUGCGUGGUGGACGGCGUCACCCACCCACUGGGGCAGGCCUGGACCUCGCCCGACUUCUGCACCAACUACACCUGCAAGGAUCUCAACGGAACUUUACAAGUGCAGAGCGUCAACGAGUCUUGCCCAGAACUAUCGGACGCGCUCAAGAAACAGUUCGUACUGAGCAAGGACAAGGUGCCCGGCGAGUGCUGCCUCAAGCAGGAGCCCAUCGCCUGCCGCGUCGGCAACAAGAUCUACCAGGAGGGUCAAAGCUGGCCAUCGUCGAACCCCUGCAAGAACUACACGUGCGCCCGCGACGUGUCGGGCCGCCUCACGCACGAGGCCAGCGUGGAGACGUGCCAGUCCACGUGCGCGCGCGAGCAGCGCUACCAGGAGCCGCUGGCCGGCGCGUGCUGCGGCCGCUGCCUGCAGGACAAGUGCGUGCUGGGCGACCAGCUGCACCAGCUGGGAGAGAGCUGGCAGUCCCCGGACAACUGCACGACGUACUCGUGCGACGGUGUGGUGGGACAGGUGUCCCUGACGUCGGCGCCGGAGCUGUGCCCGGACGUGUCGGACUGCGCGCCGGAGGACCUCGUCAACGAGACGUGCUGCCAGGUCUGCAAGAUUAAGCCGUCUGACCACAGCAAAUGUGUCCCGAAGCCGAUUCCAAAGGGCGACACGGUGGGGCUGAUCAGCAAGUCGAUGGGCAUACGCGGGCUGUGCGUCAACACGCAGGCGAUCGACGGCUUCAACGAGUGCCGCGGCAGCUGCGACUCCAGCACGCUGUACAACAAAGAGACGGGCGUGCACGAGUCGAUGUGCGAGUGCUGUCAAGUAACGCGCAACACGGGGCUCACGGUCACGCUGCAGUGCGAGGACGGCUCGCGGGUUCAGCACCGCGUCGCCGUGCCCGACAAGUGCGCGUGUCGCGCCUGCGCGGAGACCAAGUGGUUCCCCGGCGCACCCGAGAAAUCGCCGAGCAAGACUGUACCUGCUCGCGUGACUGGUAAACCGCUCUAAGCACAACGUGAAUACAAAAAAAGCAAGAAUACUCUCAGCUGUUAAUUUUUAAACUUUGUCCUAAUAAAACACCGACCAGUGAUGUAAUCAUUUAAUUUUGUAAAUAUAUAAAUAUCAAUAUCA